ACGCCCGCGUUUCGUCUACCACUGGAUCCUUUGUCCCUCUGGAAGAGAAGGCAAAGCGGCCCACGCUUGCUGCUUCCUUUUACGCAACUUGUUCUUCUCGUUCUUCACAUACGAACAUGAAAUUCUUCCUUCGCUGACGCAUGUAGCCUGAGCACAGAACUGAACAGAGUCUGCAACUGAUGAUGGCUUCGCUGCAGAUUGCGAGACCCGCUUUCGCCUCGGCUUCCGUCCCCCGAUCGAAAUUCAGCGGGAGCUCGAGGUGGUGUAAGGAAUCGGGACCCAGGAGGAGGGUUUUGAGAUUGAUGGAUUGUGGGUAUUCGAGGGAUGGUUUGAAAAGGCGGCCUUUUGUUUCGUGUAAAGUCCAGGACGGCGACGGGAAAAGCAAUGGAAUUGGUGAAGAACCUCCUGAAUCGUUGUUUAUGAAAGAAUUAAAGAGGAGGGGCAUGACUCCCACUUCAUUGCUUGAGGACACAAAAAAGGGCACCUACGACAAUGGAUUAGAAGAAGAGAGGGGUUUCUCGAAAAGAAAUGCAGUCUCUACUGAACCAGGAAAUAAUUUAACCAACCAAAGGGAGCAGUCCAUGGCAUUGAACAGUGAGGGCCUCGAGGGACUGAUUCCACGGGCUAAACUUUUGUUAACACUUGGAGGGACUUUCUUCUUGGGGUUUUGGCCACUGAUUCUUAUAACUGUUGCAUCCUUUUCUGCUCUGUACCUCUAUUUUGGACCGACUUUUGUUCAUGAUGGAAGCAAUGUGCGAGUGUCGCCACCCCAGUACAACGAUCCAUAUGCACUUCUCGAAGACGAAAGAAUAUCCCAAAUGGCUCCUCGAGUUAAUUGAAGCAGAAAACGUCAUCACUCGAGCCAAUUCAUUGAAGAUCUCUGCUGCAACUUGCUACCCUGGCUUAUGUUUAUGUCCAUGUAUAUCCUUAAUCAGAUAGAACCUGCGUUGCCCUGGUGUUGGUCGCCGGUUGGCUCGUUAUCUUCAUGCAAUUGCUUGAAAGAUGUAAUUGCUACUCAUAUUGCUGUAUUCAAUUGGUUAUAUGUUCCAGAUGAAGCAGGUCGCUGAGACUGUUUCUUGUAAACACAUAAUUUGAAUCAUUUAAA